CUAAAAAUUCGACAGUAUAACUAUGUUAACAUAGCCACUUUAUUGUCUGGUUUAGGUUGCAGCUGCAAGGUAGAAGAAAAUGGUGCAAAACAACGGUAGCUGUGUGGUUUGAGGGAUUCGCCAUUUUUACCACAUCGGAUUAGCACGAAUACACCGACUGUUAUGGCGUCGUGCUAACAUAUUCCCUUACAUACGGUCUCAACUAUGGAAGCUGGAAUUGCUCUGGAAGUGGUAAAACCGCAGAAUGAUGGGGGAGGGCAGUGGCAGGUGGGCAUCAGAUAUCACACAUCAAAACCCACUUGGUUCAACAGCUGCCCAUCUCAUCUCCAGGCCAGAGAGCAAGGAAGAGGGCUUGGUUGCAACAUCAGCAUUUGGACACCCAUCGCUGAACACAGUGGUACUUGAUUUGAGCAUUGGCAUGAGCACUUCUGAAACAGCAUGGACAUAUUCACCCUUGCAGCAGUUUUGCUUAUUAUCACAGGGGGAGUGAGUGCUCAGACGGUGACACCUUCGGCAGCAACGGUGCUCGUGAACAACAGUGUCAAAUUUAAUUGCAGUGCAAGCAGACCAGGCUAUACAGCCAUGACCUGGCUACUGAAUGGACGCUUAGCCGUUACCAUUUCAGAGUCUGCAGGCGUGCUCGAUCACAUCGACCAUUACUCUGUUGUGAACUACUCAACAUUAGGAACAGCCAUUUUUGAGUUUAUCAUCAAGAACGUGACGAGAACCGAUACUGGUACCGUGGCUUGUCAAGUGCAAGGUGGAGUGCCUAUGACCGCUUCACUGAACAUCCAGCAAAGUGGCACAUUGGAUAUAUUGGGGACAGACCGCACUGUUACAGAAGGGGAUCAGGUCACGUUCCAGUGUUUCGCAACAGACUGGUUUCCUGCACCAGAUAUUACCUGGGCUUUGAAUGGCACAGCGGUGAAUAAAACGCUCUACAACACCACUACCGUGGCAAAUGGGAAUCUCUCAAACUCCAACAGCACCUUCAAACUCACAGCCAUGAACAAUGCAUCUGUGGAAUGUUUGGCAUCCAUUGCUGCUCUGUCAUCGCCUUUAAGCAAGAAAGUCAACCUCACUGUCCGAAAGCCCAAGGUGAGAGACUACAGAGUGUUGCUAGGUGUCGUUUUGGGCUUCGGCCUGGCUGCACUUCUAUUUCUCCUCAUCAUCCUCAUCCUCUUCUGCUGCAAAAAGAGGAGAUGGAGAGACCCAGCGCCCCUCGAUCUCGUUCUCUCACUUAAGAAGAGGCCAGAAACACGCUACGAAGAGCGAGUGAGGGUAUACUCACAAAGAGAGAGAGACAAUCGCACUUACAGUCGGGAUAACCCCGGAUAUGCUGCAGACAGAAGCAGAGAUGAUUCCAGUGGGCUGUAUUCCGUCAGUGCGCUUCGGCCCAAUUAUAACCACAAUUUUCAGCUUCCUGAUUAUAAUCAAGUUGCCCAUGGUUCCCAAUACGGAAAUGACAGUCUGGAUUACUACAGUGCCAACAACAAACACAGACAUGCAACUAUAGUUUAAAUACAUUAUAGAUGAUUAUAUAUUACUCUCAGGUUCUUUCUUCCACAAAGACAUGCAGUCAGGCCAGUUGGAGGUAGGCAUGGGUGUGGGUGAAUGUGUUGAUGAAUGUGUGUGAAUGGACUGGUGACCUGCCUGGGGUGUUUCCUGCCACUCACUGAAUGAAUCAGACCCACCAUGACCCUGAAUAGGAUAAUAAGGUGGGAAAAUGGACAGUGAAUGAAUGAAUGAGUAUACAUUACACAUAAUAAAACUGCAUAUAUGUGCAAGAAGCAAGAUCAAUUUUAGCCACAUGGUGCAUUGACUGCCGUGUAAACAAAAAGUUCUAUAUACAUAUUUUUUUUACCUCUUA